AUGUGCGACGAAUCGGUGCAAUACCUGACACACAACGCAUUCACAAUUCUGAAUUCGGAUGAACUUCGAGCGCGACUCAUACUGGAUCCAAAAACAAUCAACAAGAGGGCUCAAGUUCAGAAAUUCGGAAUGGAGGGCUUGGGUAAAUUGGCACAUAUUGCACGGAGGGAAGAUCACAUACUGUCAGUCGACUCCAAGGACUACCUUUACGCUUUGGGCGUGGCAGAGCCACAUCUAUGGCAAUUCAAGGACAGCACAUGGCAGCUUUGGUGCUUCGUAGCUCUUCUUAUGGGCGCAACGAUCUCUCCACGAAUAAAGAAGGAUAGACAGUAUAUCAACGGACCCAACCAAAGUUUGGCCAUUGGCAAGGGAGUUUGGGACUAUCGAGAUGGUCAGGAACAGAAUUCGGAUGACGGGCUUCAUUUUCAGCCAAAUUAA